AUGUCGGAACAGCCUUUCCUCUCCAAAUUAUACGAUCGACUCUAUUUAUUGAGUACGGGGCAAUCACGAGAUGGAAAAAUUAAAUUAAGACCUCCUACAACCACUCCUUGGUUUUAUUUUGUUGUAGGAGGGUUUUAUCUUUUUUUAGUAGGAAUGACUAUCGAAUUCUUUGAAAAUAGAUAUAUUGCUCGGCAUUAUGAUGAUAGGAUUAUACAGAGGAAACGUCGUGAAGGAUUGUUUUUAUUAAGUAUUUUAAAGCAUGAUGAAAAAACUGGAUUAUUUAUUCCUCCUAUGGACGAAAAGUAUGUCGAUGUUGAAAGAUGGCCAACAAGUUUUGAGCAAACCUACACCAAACAGCAACGAAAACAAAUGUUUGAGGAAUAUUUGAAAGCAAAAGAAGCAUUGGAAAAGUAA